AUGGAAAUACUGACGUUUCUGCUUCCGGUUAAGGCUGAGCUCUUCCCAGACGACUCGUUGCCUCAGUUUGCCGAACCUCCCCUCCCGUCCCGAGCCAUGAUCCGGAGGCGCAAGCACUGGAUCGAUGAAGUCCACGAAAGCGUUCUGGGCCGGGACGCGGAGGGGCGGACGGCCGAGUCCCUGGAACUGAAGGGCGGCGCGGAGCACGGACACUUCCCCGUGGUGGGCGAUCUCCCGACGGGGAGCGGCGUCACCACCCUCCGGCCGGGCGACUUGCUGCUGGAGGUCAACGACACACCGGUGGCCGGCCUCACUAGCCGGGACGCGACGGCGGUGAUCCGGCACAGCAAGGAGCCCGUCAGACUCAAGUGCGUCAAACCAGGUGGUGUGAUCGACAAGGACCUGUGCCGCUACCUUAACCUGCGUUUCCCGAAAGGCUCAGUGGACCACGAGCUGCAGCAAGUCAUCCGGGACAACCUCUACCUCCGCACUAUCCCCUGUACCACCAGGCGGCCCAAGGAAGGCGAGGUCUCCGGGGUGGACUAUCAUUUCGUCAGCGUGCGGCGCUUUCUGGAAUUGGAGAAAAGCGGAGCCUUGCUAGAGAGCGGAACAUAUGAAGAUAACUUUUACGGCACGCCCAAACCUCCCGUGGACCCCGUCGAUCCCUCGCUAAAUGUAACGGAUCGGCCGCCGCUGCGACCGGGCGCCACUGCCAGCUCGGAGGGCAAACGCAAGCGCAACAAGUCGCUCAGCGACAUGGAAAAAGCCAGCGUGGAGCCACCCGAGGAGGAGGAAGAGGAGAAGCCCGUCGUUGUCAACGGCAACGGCGUCGCCCUCACGCCAGACUCGAGUGAAUAUGACGACAAGAGCGCGGCGGGUGACGCCACGCCACAGAGAGGAGAUGCCCCGGCUGAAGCGGACCCGGGCCGCUCCCCGAAAAUCGGCGUCGUGCCCAAGUUGGGGGAGGGCGACGAGCUGGGCCCGCUACCUGACAACUGGGAAAUGGCGUACACAGAGAAAGGAGAAGUCUACUUCAUUGACCACAACACCAAGACCACGUCGUGGUUGGACCCGAGGCUGGCUAAGAAGGCCAAACCGCCCGAGGAGUGCAAGGAGGACGAGCUUCCAUACGGCUGGGAGAAAAUCGACGACCCCAUUUACGGCAGCUACUACGUGGACCACAUCAAUAGGAGGACCCAGUUUGAGAAUCCGGUUCUGGAGGCCAAGAGGAGACUCCAGCAGGAGCAGCAAAUGCAAAGUCAGGGGCUCUCCUCGCUGCCGCUUCCCGCCAUCUACCGAGAAAAACCGCUGUUCACCCGCGACCCCACGCAGUUGAAAGGCAGCUUCCUGUCCACGGCGCUCCACAAGAGCAACAUGGGCUUCGGCUUCACCAUAAUCGGCGGGGACGAACCCGACGAGUUCCUGCAGGUGAAGAGCAUCAUACCUGACGGGCCUGCUGCCGCUGACGCCAAGAUGGCCACAGGUGACGUCAUCGUGUACAUCAAUGACGUCUGCGUCCUGGGCACCACCCACGCCGACGUGGUCAAACUCUUCCAGUCGGUGCCCAUCGGGCAGAGCGUGACGCUGGUGCUCUGUCGCGGUUACCCGCUACCCUACGAGCCCGAAGAAAACAACGGCAACAGCGCAGCCGCCAUCAUCUCGCCGCUGGGCAUCAUGGAGCAGCGCCCUCUGGUGGUGAACGGUCGCCCCGGUUACAACAACUAUCUGGACUACAUCGCCCGCACCGCCCGCUUCGUCCCGGACGCUCAGCAGUUGCACGACACCCACUUGGACACCCAAGAUAGCGUGUCCGUGGCGUCGCAAGGCGAGCUGCUGACGCUCACCCUGGUGAAGGGCGGCGACGGCUUCGGGUUCACCAUCGCGGACAGCGCCGCCGGACAGCGCGUCAAGCAGAUUCUGGAACCCGCAGGGUGCCCGGGUGUCAGCGAGGGUGACCUGAUCGUGGAGAUCAACAAGCAGGCAGUGCUGGGCUUGACCCACGCCCAAGUGGUGGACCUUCUCAAGGAUUGUGCAGUGGGCUCCGAAACGUGUCUGGUGGUGCAGAGACCCGUGCCAGGGUCGGACUACCAGGACAUGGAGGUGAACCUGCGCAGGCAAAAGUCCGGCUUCGGGUUCAGAGUUCUGGGCGGGGACGAUGCGGGCCAGUCUGUGAGUCCGGAGACACGCCAGAAGAUCCUGAUCGGCGCCAUCAUCGAGAAAAGUCCAGCAGACCUAGACGGUCGGCUGCGGCCCGGCGACGAACUCCUCCUGGUGGACGGCAUCCCCGUGGUGGGCAAGACGCAUCGAUACGUCAUCGACUUGAUGCACGCGGCGGCGCGCAACGGACAAGUCAAUAUGGUCGUCAGGAGGCGGAAGCAAGGCGCGGCAGAUUCCUGCCAGGAGAACGGCCGCCACUCGGGUUCGGUGUCCACGCAGCACAGUUCGCCGCGAAGCGACUUGACGUACGCUAACAGCGCCGGCACGGCUAGCGACGGCGCCUCGCCCGGAGGCGACGUCCUCAUCCACCGAAAAGAGAGCGAAGGCUUCGGAUUCGUCAUCAUCAGUUCGCUCAACCGUCCCGAAGCGCCAGCCGGCAACCCGGUGCCGCACAAGAUCGGGCGCAUCAUCGAAGGCAGCCCGGCCGACCGCUGCGCCAAAAUGAAGGUCGGCGAUCGCAUCCUCGCCGUCAACGGGCAGUCCAUCGUCGACAUGCCGCACGCCGACAUCGUCAAGCUCAUCAAGGACGCCGGACUUAGCGUCACGCUGAGGAUCGUCCCGCAGGAAGCGGAGGUGAGCAACCCGCCGUCAGCGCCCACCUCGGAGAAGCAGAGCCCCCUAGCGCAGCAGAGCCCCAAGACGCACUCGCCCCCUGUUGUCGGCUCACAGCCCAGCCAGGGAGCGCCUGAGUCCGACCAAGCCGACACCAAAGCCCAGCAGAGCCCCGUCAGCAGCCAGUUGUCCGCUCCCUCUAUGCAGACGUACCCCCACGAGGGCAGUUACAGAUCAGAAGUGAAAGCCCGUCAGGACGUGAAACCGGACAUCCGGCAGCCUCCGUUCACAGACUACCGGCAACCGCCCGUGGACUACCGGCACCCCCCGGUGGCCGACUACCGCCAACCGCCCAAUCUGGACUACCGGCACCCACCACUGUUGGAUUAUCGGCCGCAGUUCGCCAUCCCCGAUUACCGGAUGCCGCCGGUGCAGCUCUCGCAGGACUUUGACUUCUUCACGGUGGAGCUGGAGAAAAGCCUCAAGGGUUUCGGGUUCAGCAUCCGCGGAGGCCGCGAGUAUAAGAUGGACCUGUUCGUCCUCAGACUGGCCGAGGACGGUCCGGCACUGCGCAACGGCAGGAUGAGGGUGGGCGACCAGAUCAUCGAGAUCAACGGCGAGAGCACGCGGGAUAUGACCCACGGGCGAGCCAUCGAGCUGAUCAAGUCGGGCGGCAGGCGGGUGCGUCUCCUCCUCAAACGGGGAACGGGCCAAGUGCCCGAGUACGACAAUGGCAUCUCACGGGACACUCGGCCUUCAGCCUCUCCAAGCCUGCCGGAAGUAGCCGUGACGCCCGACAGCCUUCCGCCGGCGGCGAGCAAUGGCGGCGGGUCCGCCCGCGAGGGCCGCCGGGCCGCGCCGGGACGGUCCGUUGAGAGAAUUCCCGGAAAAAGCGGCUCCCCGGGGCCCUGGAAGAUCCCCGGAUCGGACGAGCUGCGGACGGGAACGUCAGGCGGGUAA